AUGUCGUCUACAAAUUAUGUUAAAAUUUUCUCUUGGAACGUUGGUGGAGCCGGGAGCAGAGCCUUUGCGCGCUCUUUGAAGCUGGCUAUUGAUACUCACCGUCCUGAUUUUGUUAUUCUCCUUGAACCCCAGAUCACUGGCAACACAGCAGACACUGUUUGUGACCGAUUGGGCUUUCCUAAUGUGAUUAGAGUUGAUGCCGAUGGAAGAAGGGGCGGAAUCUGGAUUUUCUGGGAUGAACGGAAAUUCUCGGCGCUCCUCACUUCAGCCUGCUCUCAACACAUAUCUCUCCGUAUCUCCCAGGGUAAUGCGACUCCUUGGAUGCUCACGGCAGUGUACGCCUCACCCCAACCGAGCAGGCAACAUAGCCUAUGGGGUAACCUGAUUGAGCAGAGCAGGACAGUUCACAUCCCCUGGGUUCUAACUGGAGAUUGGAAUGCAAUCAGGGCUCCGGAAGAGAAGAGCAGUUCUCCCUCCUCAUCCACUCUAAGGAAGUGUCGCCUCUUCAAUGAUCGCAUCAACCAGGCUGAACUAAUCGAUCUUGGCUACUCAGGGCCGUGUUUUACUUGGUACAGAGGAGGGCAGCAUAGCACUCACAAAGCUAGCAGGCUCGAUCGUAGCUUCUGCAACCCAGCAUGGAAUGCUACCUUCCCCAACACUUCGGUUCUGCAUCUUCCACGGCUUCACUCUGAUCAUAACCCAAUCCUUACCACAAUUGCUUCACAGGGGCAACUUUCGCCCGACUCUCGCCCCUUUAAAUUUGAAGCUGCCUGGUUCACCCAUUCUGACUUCUUGAAUUUCGUUGCAGGCACUUGGGAUGACAACUCCUCUUUCCCUGAAGCUCUGAGCAACCUUGCAACUAAGCUCAAGGAGUGGAACUCCAACGUUUUUGGAAAUAUUCAGCAAAAGAAACGCAGGCUUCUUGCUCGAAUUCGAGGAGUGGAGCUUAGACUUGCGGACUCCUUCACCCCAGGGCUAGGCAAACUCCACUCCAAGCUAGAAGAUGAGUUGGACAAAGUCUUGGAACAAGAAGAGCUCAUGUGGUUUCAAAGAGCGAGAGAGCAGUGGGUCAAGUUCGGAGAGCGGAACACGUCGUACUUUCACCAACAAGUCAAUAUUAGGAGACGCCGCAAUAAGAUCGAGACUCUGAGAGAUGCUAAUGGGUUGUGGGUAGACGAUCCUCAGGCCCUUGGCCUCCUAGUCUUUGAUUAUUUUGCUAAUCUUUACUUGCAGGAUAGUUCAGUCUAUGAAGACCGACUACCUAAACAGGCGUUCCCUAGACUUGAUUCAACUGAGAUGAUGACCCUAAUGCGUCCCUUCACAAUCAUGGACAUCCACCAAGCAAUUUUUGAUAUGAAGCCCUUCCAGGCUCCUGGGCCAGACGGGUUUCAGGCGGCUUUCUACCAGCAUUCUUGGAGCACGACUGGAAGGUCUCUUGCACAGAUGGCUAUCCAGUUUUUCUCAACAGGGCUGCUUCCAGAUGCGGUGACCGAGUCAACAGUGGUGCUCAUCCCAAAGGUUGACAACCCUGAGAUGGUCACUCAGCUAAGACCAAUCUCUCUGAAUAAUGUCAGCCUAAAAGCCAUAACCAAGGCCAUGACGAGUCGUCUGAAACCGAUCAUGAGGAAGUUAGUCUCUCCCAGACAAAGUAGCUUCAUCCCGGGCAGGCAAACAACGGAUAAUGUCAUCAUUGUGCAAGAAGUCCUCCAUACCCUCAGAAAGAGAAAAGGAAGGAAAGGCGGGAUGGUUUUUAAGAUUGAUCUCGAGAAAGCGUAUGAUAUGCUUCGUUGGGAGUUCUUGAGAGACACUUUGAAAGAAAUUGGCCUCCCAAGCUCCUGGAUAAGUUGUAUUAUGUACUGCGUGGAGCAAAACAGAAUGAGAAUCCUGUGA